CGAUUAAACGUCCUGGAAGACUUGAGUAGCUGAUCACCGAUAAAUCGCUAGGACACUUAUGAGAAAAACUAACAAACUAAUAGCAUUUGAAAUUUUAAACUCAACAAAUGUCUGGAUUUUACUAUUGUAAAGCGAUUGCAUCUCGAUUGACGUUACCCAGUUUUGGAAUUUGGUUUGCAACUUUCGAUACAUCCACAGUGCACUGGACACAGUAGGCUACUACUGCCACAUUCAACCUGCUACCAUAGGACAUGUUUUAUUUUUUAAUAUAACCAGAUACACGUGAUUAAAUGUAAAGUUAAACAUGUUAUUCUUGUCCAAAGGCCAUUAAGUGACACACAGCCACAUACAGCCCCGCUUGUCCGUAUUUGACACGCAGACUCAGAGCAGUCUGACCCGGAGGAGAAGCACAUCGGCCAUUUUGCUCGGAAGGGGGCCUCGUCUUCAACACGUGAGACGUUGGAGACUGACACAGCCCAGGAUAUCUGAACCCAAAGAGGAUACUAUUGAUGUGACUCGACAGAGGCGUAGGAAGCCAGCACAAUGCCCACAAUCACUCUACCGCCGAAGGAGAAUGCUCUCUUCAAGAGAAUAUUGAGAUGCUACGAACACAAGCAGUACAGAAACGGCCUGAAGUUCUGCAAGCAGAUCCUGAACAACCCGAAGUUUGCUGAACAUGGAGAGACGCUGGCCAUGAAGGGUUUAACCCUCAACUGUGUGGGCAAGAAGGAGGACGCCUAUGAGCUGGUGAGACGAGGCCUUCGCAACGACCUCAAGAGCCACGUCUGCUGGCAUGUGUACGGCCUGCUGCAGCGCUCUGAUAAAAAGUACGACGAGGCCAUCAAAUGUUACCGCAACGCUCUGAAGUGGGACAAGGACAACCUGCAGAUCCUGAGAGACCUCUCCCUGCUGCAGAUCCAGAUGAGGGACCUGGAGGGAUACAGGGAGACCCGGUACCAGCUGCUGCAGCUCCGUCCGGCCCAGCGGGCCUCGUGGAUUGGAUACGCUGUAGCAUAUCACCUGUUGGAGGACUUUGAGAUGGCCGCCAAGAUCGUUGAGGAGUUCCGCAAAACGCAACAGACGUCUCCAGACAAGGUGGACUACGAGUACAGUGAACUGCUGCUGUAUCAGAACCAGGUCCUGAGGGAGGCCGGCCUGCACAAGGAGGCCCUCGAGCACCUCAACAACUAUGAGAAACAGAUCUGCGACAAACUGGCCGUGGAAGAAACGAGAGGAGAGCUUCUGCUGAAUCUGGAGAGGCCUGAUGAGGCUUCUGAGGUCUACAGAAGUCUCCAGGAGAGGAACCCUGAGAACUGGGCCUACUACCAGGGCCUGGAAAAGGCCUUAAAGCCAGGAAGUGUAGAGGAUCGUCAGAAGAUUUAUGAGGACUCCUGGGUGAAGUUUCCUAAAGGCCUGGUUCUCCGAAGACUGCCUCUUAAUUUCCUCACAGGGGAGAAGUUUGGUGAAUGUCUGGACAGCUACCUUAGGAUGAACUUCAGUAAAGGCUGCCCCCCCGUCUUCACCACUCUCAAAUCCCUCUACACCGACAGAGAAAAGGUUGCAAUCAUUGAAGAAUUAGUAGUUGGCUAUGAAACCUGUUUGAAGGCCUGUCGAAUAUUUAGUGAAAAUGAUGAUGGGAAGGAGGAGCCCCCUACCACCCUGUUGUGGGUCCAGUAUUUCCUAGCACAGCACUUUGACUUCAUAGACCAGCCGGGCCUCGCUCUGGAGUACAUCAACACCGCCAUCGACAGCACGCCCACGCUCAUCGAGCUCUUCCUCAUCAAGGCCAAGAUCUACAAGCACACGGGCAACAUAAAGGAAGCAGCUCGGUGGAUGGAUGAAGCUCAGGCCCUGGACACUGCUGACCGCUUCAUUAACUCCAAGUGUGCCAAGUACAUGCUGAAGGCUGGCCUCAUCAAAGAAGCAGAGGAGAUGUGCUCCAAGUUCACACGGGAGGGGGCGUCUGCGGUGGACAACCUGAAUGAGAUGCAGUGCAUGUGGUUCCAGACAGAGUGUGCCUUGGCCUACAAGGCCAUGAACAAGUUUGGAGAGGCCCUGAAGAAGUGCCACGAGAUUGAGAGGCAUUUUGUGGAGAUCACAGAUGACCAAUUCGACUUCCACACCUACUGCAUGAGGAAGAUGACGUUGCGCUCCUACGUGGACCUGCUGAAGCUGGAGGACGUGCUGCGGCAACACCCUUUCUACUACAAAGCUGCUCGAACCGCCAUCCAGAUCUACCUGGUGCUGCACGACAAACCUCUGGCCGACGACAACAAGGAGAGCCAGGCGGACACCGAGAAUCUGACAGACAAGGAGCUGAAGAAGCAGCGCAACAAACAGCGAAGAGCCCAGAAGAAGGCCCAGUUAGAGGAGGAGAAGAAGAACGCGGAGAAGGAGAAACAGCUUAAGAACCAGAAGAAGAAGAAAGAGGACGACGAUGAGGAGAUAGGAGGGCCCAAAGAGGAGCUUGUACCAGACAAACUGGCCAAGGCAGAGAAUCCUCUGGAGGAGGCGGUGAAGUUCCUGAUCCCUCUGAAGAACCUCGUGCGCAACAAGAUCGAGACUCACCUCCUGGCCUUCGAGAUAUACUUCAGGAAAGAGAAGUACCUGUUGAUGCUUCAGGCGAUAAAGCGGGCUGUAACCAUAGAGCCCUCCAACCCAUGGCUGCACCAGUGUCUGGUGCGCUUCUUCAAAGGAGUGCGUGAGAGUGCAGACCUGGCGGAGGCAGUGAGGGAGGUGUUGAAGCAGGAGAUCUCCAGGCUGUUUGGGGAGAGCAACCCUCAGAGCUUCAACAAGAACUACCUGAGUCAACACUCCAGCUCCAUCCCACACCGAGUGGCCGCUGCUAAGAUGAUGGUCCACCUGGAGCCUCUCUCUGAUCAGAUGGCCUGUGAGAUAGCCACGGCCCUGGACGAGUCACUGUCCGGAAGAAGCAUCCAGAUCUGUACUCAGGUGCUGGACGCUCUGCGUGACGGACAGCUGGGCGAGGGCCAGCAGAAGGCUGCUGAGGCUUACCUAGUGUCCUGCCAUAAGAUCUACCCCUACAGCCUGGCCUUCAUGCCCCCCGGUUACCAGGACAACAACGCCACAAUCAGUGCCAACGGAGACCUGUCGGCAGGAGAGCACGACGAUGUGGCAAACGAAAUGUGAGCUGGGACGAGGAGGAGAUACCAACACGCCGCCAGACGCCUUAGUCUGCCAACACACCGUCUCCCCGACCCCCCCCUCCCCCUCCCCCUCGGGCUACGGCCCCUGCAUUGCACUGAUCUGGAUGGACUGAGCGCCACAGAAAAGAGACAGGAAAGGGAGCUGGCACAUGGAGGCAGGUCGACGCCCAUAGAACUUUUUUAAAUUCUAAAAAAAUGCCCCGUGCACAUUUGUUCUGUAACUGAGGGAAAACCCAGAUAAAUACGCUCUGGAGAGGCAAUAGAGGAUUCUGGGAGAUGUGGACCUGGACGGCUCCUUUAAACACAGUCCAAGUUUUCUAUGACUCCCGUGUUUUCAUGCCAUGUCCUUCUUGUAGGUGCAUCUGCUUCUCACCUUUUUAAAAGUAAUUUAUACAUUACAAACUGACAAAUGGAUUAAUAAAACAAUGUUUGCAAAAUCAAAA